AUGCUCGAUAGGUUGCAAGAUGAUCCAUAUGCAUAUCGGUGGAAGAUAAACCAUUACUACCCUUUCCAUGACAAAGGUGAAUGGGAGUUAGGGAAGUUCUUGGUUGAAAAUCUCACCCAAACCCAAAUGAUCAAGUUUCUGAAACUGAAAUGGUUUAACACUCAUGCAAGACUGUCUUUCACUAUGAAAGACCAGCUAUUAGACUGGAUGGACUCACUCUCUUGCUUUACAGAGUGGAAAGUUUCUAAAAUAGAGUUUUCAGGCUACAAGACAGUCCACCCCAUUGAGCUCAUUUGGUGCAAUGCACUAGAGGUUGUCAAGCAACUCUUCAGCAAUCCAAUUUUUGCAAACCACAUGACCUAUACUCCACACAUCGUCAAUGUUGGAAAUCAAUGUGAAUAUGGAGAUUAUAUGAGCACUGAUAUGGCAUGGAAAAUCCAGGACUAUCUCCCUAUGGGCGCGACUCAAGUGCCAAUCAUCUUGGGAUCAGAUAAAACUCAUUGUAUUGCCUACAUGCCGAUCACAAACAUUCUUCAGGCGCGGCUAUGGCAUAAGUGCAUGGACCUCGUUCUUACCAACCUCAAGGCCAUGGCAGUGGAUGGAUGUUCCAUGCCUGACCCUUCCCUGACACAUUUGUCAUCUGAUCCUUGGGAUCCUGACAAGUUCCAGAAAGCGGCCAAAGCUGUCAACCUGUCUGGAGUUCACAUGCCAUACUGGCAUGAUUGGCCCUUUGCAUGUCCGUCUGUCUUCCUCGCUGGUGAAGAGACUGUAGGAGCUUAUGAGCUUGAUUCCUGCUUCAUUGUCCAGCAUAAGUGGGUCGGCACAUGCCACUUCACAAAAGGCAUCACACACAUAAAGCAAAUGAUGGACCGUGAGUACAGAGACAUACAACGCACCAUUGUUGCCUCAAUCGCAGGCACUGCUUCACCCCAAUUUGUUUGUGCAAUCUGUGCCAUCAUGGAGUUUAUUUACCUUGCACAAAAUCUGGUUCAUUCAGCCCAAUCACUUCAGUCAAUGGAGCAAGCACUUUUGGACUUUCACUCUUUCAAGGGCACAAUUAUUGAGGCUGAGGCAAGGAAGGGGAAGAAGGGCGUCAAAGAGGAUUUUUUUAUCCCCAAACUCGAGCUACUGCAAAGCUUCAAGGCUGAUACAACAGAGCGCUUGCUCAUCACACAUUGUAAGGAUCUUUUCCCACGGACGGCCCGGCAAAGCAAAGAUUUUAUGGAGCAGUGCAUGGAAAUAUUUGACCUGUAUGCACUGUUGACUUCUCAUGGAGUGCCAUUGGUCAAUGCCAUGCACGCUGAAGAGGAGGAGGUUACAGUUACUAACCCUGCACUCUUGUGGGUUUCCCAGGUUCUUCCUGAUGAAGUUACCUCAAUUUGUGGUCCCCGACCAGUCCAUAACCACUUUCUAAAGGGCAUUCUCUCUGAAGAUGCACUGACCACUUUUCAACUGAAUAAUAAAUUUCAGCUGCAGCUUCACUCAGCCUUCCAGCAAUGGCUCAUCAUGCCAAGCAGAGUGGUGCAAGCAUACCCACCAAGCGACAUAUUUCCCUUUGGCAAUUGUGACACUGCGCUCAUUGACACCAUGGGCAUUAAUGGCAAAAUGACAAGUUACGUCGCACAAGUCCGACUAAUUUUUCAACCGAUAGUUCAACAAGGUUCCAACCUGGGACUGCCAUCAUAUCUUUCCAAUCCACUUCUCUAUGUCCAAUUUUUCUGCUUUGUUGCCAAUCCUGAUGAUUGUCCUGAACUUGUGAUGUGGACUGUGGAGCUGUCAUAUCCCAUACCUCUGGAUCCGGAAUUCUGGAUCUCCCCUACGAAAGAUGAAAAUGGUAACUGCCAUAGGGAGGGGGCUGUCGUGCAAGUGACAUAUGCAACACAUAUGGUUGAAUUGAUACCAGUUUAUGGUGAGGCAGUAGGCAAUGGUGUGUCCUCUAUGACUUGCUUGGAAAGCUACAAGCAUUUCUUUCUGAAUAACUUCACAGACAAGGAGAGUUAUCAUACAUUCAAAGUCUUUGUUCUACACUUCGACUCUUGA